GUGUGUCACGACCCAGAGCGGAAGUGAUUCUUGUCAGCCUGUGCAGCUGUGAUGAGCAAGAGGAGGAUGUGUGAACAGAGAGAUAACAAACAUUUGAAGGCUUUUUAAGAAGAAUUUAGACUCUGAGAGUUUGAAGAAGACUCAGGGAGAGAAGCAGAGAUGGUUUCGGCGGGAUGUUUGUCGUUUCUGUUGACGUUGUCUUCGGUCGUAGCAGCAAAAACCGGAGGGGACGAUGAGUGGGUGAAUCUGCCAAACAAAUGUGAAGUGUGUAAGUUUGUCAGUAUCGAGAUGAAGAUGGCGUUCGAGGAGACGGGGAAGACAAAGGAAGUCAUCGACAGGAACUACCGCUUCAUCGACGACAGCAAGGGGGCGCCGCCAAUCAAAUACGUCAAGUCAGACCUGAGAUUCAUCGAGGUGGUUGAAAAUGUGUGUCAGAGGCUGUUGGAGUACAACCUGCACAAAGAGAGAGACGGGAGCAACCGCUUCGCCAAGGGCAUGUCUGAGACGUUCUCCACCCUUCACGGUUUGGUGAAUAAAGGAGUGAACGUGGUGAUGGACAUCCCCUACGAGCUGUGGAACGAGACUUCAGCGGAGGUCGCGGACCUUAAAAAACAGUGUGACGUGUUGGUGGAGCAGUACGAGGAGGUGAUCGAAGAAUGGUACAAAGGGAGCCAGGAGGAGGACCUGACCAUCUACCUGUGUGAGAAACACGUCCUCAAAGGACAGGACACAGCCUGCCUGAAAGAAGACUGGUCAAAGAAGAAGAAGGGAGACCUGGCAGCCAUCGCGGAGGACAAGAAGAAGAAGAAAAAGAAGAAGGGACUGAAGAAGGAGGGAGGGGACGUCAGCUCGGAGGGAGAGAAGACGACGACGACGACGUUGAAGAAGAAGAAGGAGAAGAAGGUGAAGAAGAAGAAAAAGAGCAAAGCGCCGGUGGAGAAGGCGGAGGGAGGAGGAGGGGCGACGUCGGACGAGGAGAUCCAGCCUCAGGUGCCUCUGUCUGGGCCGAAGACGGAGCUGUGAGUCCUGGUUCCUGGUUCUGGUCCGGGUCUCUGUAAUGAAAGUAAACUCUUAGUAAAGCGUCCGCAGCUUCUUUAAACGUCCUCGCCUGUCGUUCAAACGGAGUCGUUUAAACGGAGUCGUUCAAACAGAGUCGUUCAAACAGAGUCGUUCAAAAGGAGUCGUUUCGUUCACUCAGUCAGAUCGGGAACUGUUACGUUGUUUUUAAGUCGUCAUUUUAACGAGUUUCCUUUGUUUUUGUAGUUGGUAGGACUUCCUUAAAUUCAGAUAUCAUGCUGGAAUUUUGAGUAAUUUCACAUUUCCUUUAAUGUUAAUUCCACUUUGUCCAUAUUUGACUUUACUUCCUUAUCUUUGUCUGACAUUUCCUCAAACUUUCAACGUAAUUCACUGAGACUUCAACUCAAAUAUUAUCAACACCAUGCCUCAUCAAACACAUUCAUCACAAUUUAGCCUCCAAAAUAAUUUAAAACAACAGUUAAGAUUGUAAAAUUACUCGUUUAAGUAACUUCUGAACAAAAAUUAACAUUUCCUGUAUCAGCUGUCUUUUCGUAACUCAUGAUUUGUUCUGGAUUAUGUCGUUUCUGAAGGAUUUUCUUUGAGUUUUGGACUGUGGUCUGACCAAGAAGGUAACCAUAGACUGUAUAAAACAUGAAGGGGAACAUUUUAAUUUUGCUGUAAAAACUCUCAUUUUAACAUUGAAGUCAAUGGGGAUCCCUCCACUUUUGGGACCAGCCUCUAGUGGACAUUCUAGGAACUGCAGUUUUUGGACUUCUUAAUUUUUCUGCAUUAUUUUGUGACUUUUUUUUUUACAUAGUCCCAUUUUUUCAGUAAAUAAUUAAUGGAUGAAAUAAUUUGAAAUGUUAAAUCACGCCACUUUGCUUGCACAAGCCCCAAGCUUCAUUCCAGUUACUUCUAAACAAAAAUGAACAUUACAUGUAUCGGUCAUCUGUUCGUAGCUCAUGAUUUGUUCUGGAUUUUGGACUGUGGUCUGACCAAGAAGGCAACCAUAAACUGUAUAAAACAUGAAGGAGAACAUUUUUAAUUUUGCUGUAAAAACUCUCAUUUUAACAUUAAAGUCAAUGGGGAUCCCAUCACUUUUGGGACCAGGCUCUAGUGGACAUUCUAGGGACUGCAGUUUUUGGACUUCCUAAUUUAUUUUCUGCAACACCAUAAGUGUUCGGCAUAUUUAGUGACAUUUUUUUUUUUCACUUAUUCCCAUAUUUUAAGUGAAUAAUUAAUGGAUGAAAUAAAUUGAAAUGUUAAAUCUUCUACUUCGCUAGUACAAGCCUUGAGUUUCGUCGACAAAGAAGGCAAACUCAAGGCACAAUCUUGAGCUUUUAGAACCGUAGACUUUAUAAAACAUGAUGGGGAACAUUUUUAAUUUUACUGUAAAAACUGGCAUUUUAACAUUGAAGUCAAUGGGGAUUCCUCCACUUUUGGGACCAGCCUCUAGUGGACACUCUUGGAACUGCAGUUUUUGGACUUUCUCGUUUUUCUGCAUUAUCUUUGAAACACCAUAACUUCCUGAGUGUUCGGGACAUUUAGUGACACUUUUUCUUUACUUAUUCCCAUAUUUCAAGUGAAUAAUUAAUGAAUGAAAUAAAUUGAAAUGUUAAAUCUUCUAUUUCGCUAGUACAAGCCUUGAGUUUCGUCGACAAAGAAGGCAAACUGAAGGCACAAUCUUGAGCUUUUAGAACUGUAGACUUUAUAAAACAUGACGGGGAACAUUUUUAAUUUUGCUGUAAAAACUGACAUUUUAACAUUGAAGUCAAUGGGGAUUCCUCCACUUUUGGGACCAUCCUCUAGUGGACACUCUUGGAACUGCAGUUUUUGGACUUUCUCGUUUUUCUGCAUUAUCUUUGAAACACCAUAACUUCCUGAUUGUUUGGCACUUUUAGUGACAUUUUUUCUUUACUUAUUCCCAUAUUUCAAGUAAAUAAUUAAUGGAUGAAAUAAUUUGAAAUUUUUAAUCACGCCACUUUGCUUGCACAAGCCCCAAGCUUCAUUCCAGUUACUUCUAAACAAAAAUGAACAUUACCUGUAUCGGUCAUCUGUUCAUAGCUCAUGAUUUGUUCUGGAUUUUUGACUGUGGUCUGACCAAGAAGGCAACCAUAAACUGUAUAAAACAUGAAGGGGAACAUUUUUAAUUUUGCUGUAAAAACUCUCAUUUUAACAUUGAAGUCAAUGGGGAUCCCUCUACUUUUGGGACCAGCCUCUAGUGGACAUUCUAGGAA